CAAAAACAUGAAAGUCUCAUUUUGAUAUAUUUUCAAUGUUUUAGUCCUAUUUUAGUCUUUCUCCCAGAAAAAGAAAUUAUAUUUUUUAUGAGAUAAUUUCCCUUCAAUCAAAGUGUUAAAAAAAUAGGGCUGACAAAUAGUAUUUGUAAAAACAAAUACCCGAGUACUUAAAAUCAAUAAUCCAACCGUCCUUCUUGAGGUCAAUCCACGCGAUCAGCCUGGAUGAUGGGCUAUGACGGCCGCAACGGAGCUGCUGGGGGAGGGUUUGCGCAGCAGACGCCGCAGGCGGCGGAGGAACUUUACGCGGGUGCCAAGAUAUCGGUGUGGUGGGACAUAGAGAACUGCCCAGUGCCCAAGGGCUCCGAUCCGCACGCAAUCGCGCUCAACAUAAGCUCUGCGCUGGUGAAAUUGAACUACUGUGGGCCUGUUUCCAUCUCCGCCUACGGAGAUACUACCAGAAUCUCGCCUUUUGCUCAGCAGGCCCUUAAUAGCACCGGAGUCGCCCUCAACCAUGUCCCAGCAGGUGUCAAAGAUGCUAGUGAUAAGAAGAUUCUCGUGGACAUGCUGUUUUGGGCAGUUGACAAUCCAGCUCCUGCUAGUUAUGUAUUGAUAUCCGGUGAUCGGGAUUUCUCUAAUGCUCUCCACCAGCUACGAUUGCGCAGAUACAACAUUCUUUUAGCACAACCUCAACAAGCAUCAGCAGCACUUGUUGCUGCAGCAAAGACUGUAUGGCUUUGGACCAGCCUUUCAGCUGGGGAGGCCCCUCUCAGUCAUUGUGAAUCAAAAACGUUUGCAAAUAACCGCAAUGGAGGCCUUUCCCACUGUGGCACUUCAGCAAUUCAAGUUAGUAAUGCCAGCAGCAGCCAGCUUAACCACUCUUCUGUGGAUAGAGUCCUUGAAAGUAAUAUUCAACAAGGACAUGAAAAUUACCAGAGUUUGAAUGCUCAACAAGGACAUUGGUCUUCUAAACAGGUACAUGAUCGUACAGAGAUGUUUGCUACUCAAGUUUUAAAUAAGCUCAUUACUUGUAAUGGCAACCCUUAUCCUCCUCAAAACUACUGUACUGCACCGGUGAAGCGUAAGCCUAAUGUUUGGACAAGGCAACCUACACAGCCGCCACCAGAACAUUUUUCACCACCUUAUCCAUAUGUGAUGGCCCCCAUGCCUGUUGCACAUAAAAAUGAAAAGUCAAUGAGGAAAGCCAAGAAGUUGAAGAAACAAAUGUGCCAAAUGAGUAACACAAUGAACAAGAAAAGGAAGGGGCACAAUUGUGGUGGCCAACCAAGUAAGAAAAAUCGCAGGGCAGCUGCAUUGAGGUUUUUCUAUUGUGGAGAGUCUGGGCAUGUGAACGAUGAUGAUUGUCCACCGUUGAAACAGGAUUGUCAGCAGUGGACACCUGGGCCCACUAGAGAUGUUGUUAGCCAGGCCAUGGGUGAUGGAAACUACCUGGAUAUGGAUAUAUCUAGAUCCCCCACACCAAGUGUUACUCACAUAGCAGGUGGGUCCAGUCCAGACGUUGCUAGUCAGGCCAUGGGCUGUGGGAACUUCCAGAAUAUUGGUAUAUCUGGAGCCCCGGCACUGAGCAUCGCUCGCCAGACAGGGGUGUCUAGUAAUACCUUAAUACUGGGGGGUGACAGUUGUGGAAAAUGCGUGCAUCCGAAAAAGGAUUGUCAACUGUCGACAGCUGGUCCCACUAGAGAAGAUGCUAGCAAGGCAAAAGGUAGUGGGAACAAUAAAGAUAGGGGUAUAUCUGAAGACUCAACAUCACGCUUUCAAACGCGCUUUGUGGCGCGCAUGAUUGCUGGAUCUGCUCUAGAUUUUUCUAGUCAGGUCACGGGCAAUGUUAACUGCAAGGAUAAGGGUGGUAAAUCUGCACCUCUGGCAUCGAGUGUGACUCGUAUGCUGGAGCCCAAGUCCACCACAAUGAGCAUCACUCACAUGGCAUUGGCAGCUAGUAACACUCCAGCACUAGUGCACGACAAGCCAGUGACUCGAUUACAGACACGAAAAUACACCUUGACAGGAAAUGGUGAUGCUUGCUCAAAGCCCGACACAGUUACAGGUCAAUCAAAUCGUUGAUUCUUGUCCGAGGGUGGUGUGACCUAAGUAUCACUCAUUGUGCUCGUACUACCCUUAGACAUCUUGCAAUAUUAUUCCUAGACAUGUAUUUUUUCACAUGUAUUUGUUUUUUCCCAUGUAAUUUGAAAUGUAUUCCGGCAGUGACGUGACAUCCUUGUUCAUGGUGGGAGGGUAUACAUACAUAUCGUUCAUCUUGAUGCUUUUGGACACAAUGUAAGCUUCUUCGUUGUUCAUAUACAAGGUCGAGCUCAAGAUAUAAAACAAGCCCUUCAUGAUUGAUAACUCAAACAUACUUUUUAUGUUCCCUGUAUUUGUUGAACACAUAGUUUCUUUUUUAGUAGGUAAUUCAUUUGUGUUUGAUAAAUAUUCAAGUCUCUUUUGAUAUGUGAUUGUACUGGACGCUCAUACUUGGGGUUGUACAAUAUAGGUAUUCCAUUUUG